AUUCCUGACUCAUGUUCAUUUGAGUCGAAGUUUGCUGGAACCUUGUGCUUACAGCAGCACACGCCAAGGAGUGAGAUGCAGUUUGAACCUCUAGAUCACCUGUGCCAUACGGGGAAUUGCAGAAGUUUGGUUUCAUAAACGCCCUUGUGAACCACUACGCCCACCAGCAGCUAGUCGCAACAAAUGAAAAUGUCCAAGGGCCUCAGCAUGGUUAACAGAGCAUUCUUACUUCCAGAAAUAAGCUGCAGACUUCCAAAUUUUGCCCUGUCUGUAUCUUGAGAUGAACAUCUGGGCCAAAAUGAGGAGGACGUGUUUCUCAUCCACCUUCAUUCGUAUAUUCGCCGAAGUGCAGACAGAUUUUUAAAAAGCUAGGAUGGACAUCGGGAAAUGUAGAGUAAGGGAAGUGUGGAGCUGGGGAGCUGGGACGCACGGGCAACUGGCAUGCGGCACUCUGAUCGAUGCCUUGACGCCGCAGCGUGUUGAAGCUCUCUCCGAUGCUGCACUCAUCGUGGACAUAGCUUGUGGAGGAGCUCAUGGUAUCGCUGUCUUCGAAUGUGGUGACGUUGCAACUUGGGGCCGAGGCCAAGCAGGGGCUUUGGGACAUGGAGAUGAGACAACCAUCACUGUGCCAAGGUUCAUCUCUUCACUUCAGGGCAUACGCAUCAGCCAUGCAGCUGCUGGCUGGAAUCACAGCGCCUUUGUAACAGACAAUGGAGCGCUUUAUACUUGCGGGGAUGGGACGUUUGGGCAGCUAGGGCAUGGACACACAGAAUCUCGCCUGGUGCCUGGUCGCGUUGAGCACCUGUCAUCUGAGCGUAUCAACAUGGUGGCAUGCGGUAUGCGGCACACGCUCGCUCUUGCCGUCACCCAAGGUUCCGUAUGCACUUCAAUUGUGUAUGCUUUCGGGUUCAACAAGCGGGGACAGCUUGGGAUCCAAAUGAAAACAAAUGGUAGUGAGAGCAAAAACAAGUGGUGUUUUUCUUGCCCUCAGAGGGUGGACUCUCUCGACAUGCAUGGGGUUGUGAGUGUUUCUGCAAAUGGAGACCACAGCGCUGCACUCACCCGAAUGGGAGAUCUUUUCUUAUGGGGUAGGGGUUAUAAUGAUGGCCCUGACUCGCAACAGCCUCAUCUUUCACAUUCAGGUCUGAAAUUGAUCCAAGUGUCACUUGGAUGGCGCCAUGGUCUUGCUCUGGCAGAAAACAAGGUAGUCUUCGCCUGGGGCAAUAAUGUCUGUGGACAGUUGGGGAUCUCACGCGUUUCCAACAAUUCUGAAAGGAGGGCGCAAGAGGUGAAUGUCGCUCACAAAUCAAUCGAGCAAUAUACGAGGGAACGGGAGGGGAAAGACGGUGCAGCUGAGAAAUCGCAAAGACAAAUUUCUGGUGUGGAUUUUCAGAAAGUGGAAACACAGGGAAUGAGAGUUUCGUGGAUCUCAGCUGGGUCAGAGCACUCUGCUGCAGUUCUUGAGGAUGGAAGGAUUAUGAUGUGGGGUUGGGCUGAGCACGGCCAGCUUGGUCUAGGCUCACUUGAAGAUCAGGAGGUUCCUCAUAUGGUAACACUUGCAAGCACGAGGCUUUCUUCGGGCUUUUUUAGUGCGACACAUGACCAACAUGCUAGUGCUAACUACGUGAAAACGAAGGUUUAUUGUGGAAGUGGAUAUACUUUUGUCGUGUCCUGAGCAGGCCAUAUACAAAUGAAAAUUGUGAACACUCGUGAAGGCGCAAUCGGCGCUUGCAAUAACAAGAAUAAAGACCAUCAUAUCCAUUCUCCAACGACCGUUAGCACCACUCCCAUUACGUUUGCGAACCAUGUCUUGAAAACUUAGAUGAGAUUACUCAUUAAGUCUUUUACUCGCCACCGUGUUCACGUAAAGCUUCAAGAUUUGUGAGACCAGAAGUAAAAUGUUAAACGCUUUUCACUCUA